AUGGCCAAGAAUAAUCUCACCACUGUAACUGAGUUUAUUCUCAUGGGCUUCACUAAUUACCCCAACUUGGCGAUUCCCCUCUUCAUGGUGUUUCUGGCUUUCUACCUAGUCACCAUGCUUGGAAAUUUAGUCAUGAUCAUUCUGAUUCAGGUGGAUACCAAACUUCACACCCCUAUGUACUUCUUCCUGAGUCACCUCUCUCUGCUGGAUGCCUCCUACACUUCAGUCGUCACCCCUCAAGUCCUAGUCACACUGGCCACAGGACAGACAGUCAUAUCCUAUGGCCAAUGUGCUGCCCAGUUCUUCUUCUUCACCAUCUGUGUAGGGGUAGAGUGUUUCCUGCUAGCAGUGAUGGCCUAUGACCGCUAUAUUGCUAUUAGCAACCCACUGCUGUACACAGUAGUUAUGAGUCCCAGAAUCUGCUGGAGUUUGGUGGUGGGAACUUAUGUCUGUGGGAUAUCAGGGGCCAUCCUACGGACCACAUGUACCUUCACCCUUUCCUUCUGUGAUGAUAAUCAGAUCAACUUCUUUUUCUGUGACCUCCCACCACUCUUGAAGCUCUCCUGCAGUGACACCACGAAUGCUGAGAUUAUUAUUAUCUUCUUUGGUAACUUUGUGAUUUUGGCCAAUGCCUUGAUCAUUCUGCUUUCCUACCUGCUCAUCGUCAGGGCUAUUCUGAGGAUGAAGUCUUCUGGUGGCAGAGCCAAGACUUUCUCCACAUGUGCCUCUCACCUAACUGCUGUGUCCCUUUUCUUUGGGACCCUCAUCUUCAUGUAUCUACGAACUGGUUCAGAGAAAUCUUUGGAGGAAGAGAAGGUGGUGUCGGUCUUCUACACUGUAGUCAUCCCCAUGCUAAACCCUCUGAUCUAUAGUCUGAGAAACAAGGAUGUGAAAGCUGCUUUCAGAAAGGUCAUUGGCUGA